AUUGGGUCAUGUCUCUCAGCCUCGUACCCCACCUUCGCGCUUUCACUCUCUCCUAGGCGCGCCAAACUCUCAGCCUUGUCCAGACUACAUCCCACCCUUGGCUUAGCAUUAUCAAAGGAACCCGCAGUAUUACCCUACCACGAUGGCCUCUGAUGACGAGCGUCAUGGGGACUCACCCCGUGCUAAGCGUCACAAAUCAAGCGGCGACUCUUCCCCCCGACGCGAUGGCGAGAAUGGCGAUGUAGAUCAGUCUGCGACAAGAAAGCUAUCCAUACGAGAGAACCGCAGAAACAGCAGGACUGUCAGUCCAAGUCCCGGCCAAGAUGGUGCUGGAGAAAGUCGUUACGAAAGUCGGCGCACAUCACGGUCAAGAUCACGGUUGAGAUCGCAGUCCAUAUCUAGCAAACGGUCCGACUCUCGACUGCGCUCGCGCUCACCAUCUCGAAUAACAUCGCGAACAAGAUCACCCCGCUCCUCGCGAUCACGCUCUCGAUCACAAUCAUCCUCUCGCCACGCUCCAAUAGACUCCCUUUCGCCACCAGAAGCUGAAUCUUCUCCCUCUCAAGAACCCUUCAAACCCAACUACAAAACCCAUCUUGUUCUUCGAGGCCAUUCCAAACCUGUCUCACAAGUCCGAAUAUCGCCAAAUGGGCGCUUUAUCGCAUCUGCGUCGGCGGAUGCUACUGUGAAGAUCUGGGAUGCCACGACAGGCGAGCACAUGGAUACACUCGUCGGGCAUAUGGCUGGAGUAAGCUGUCUUGCUUGGACACCCGAUAGCAACACCAUCGCAAGCGGCUCAGACGACAAAGCUAUUCGACUAUGGGAUCGUGUUACAGGCCGACCAAAGACAACGACCCGAAAGAGUGUAGCCGGUCAAGAUAUGGCACCCUUGAAGGGUCACCACAACUAUAUCCAUUGCUUAGCAUUCUCACCAAAGGGCAAUAUUCUUGCCAGUGGCUCCUACGACGAAGCUGUCUUCUUGUGGGAUGUACGUGCUGGUAGACUUAUGCGCAGUCUACCUGCACAUAGUGAUCCUGUUAGUGGGAUUGAUUUUAGUCGAGACGGAACGCUGGUCGUGAGUUGCUCGACAGACGGUUUGAUUCGUAUAUGGGACACAUCAACAGGUCAAUGUCUACGGACUCUCGUUCACGAAGACAAUCCAGCCGUUGCCAACGUUUGCUUCGCCCCUAACGGCCGCUUCGUCCUGGCCUUUAAUUUAGAUAAUUGCAUUCGCUUAUGGGAUUAUGUUUCUGGUACCGUUAAAAAAACAUAUCAAGGUCACAUCAACGACAAGUUUGCCGUUGGAGGCUGUUUUGGAGUCCUAGGCGGGGCUCCCUUUAUUGUCUCUGCUAGCGAAGAUGGCAGUAUCGUCAUGUGGGACGUUGUAUCAAAAACGGUGCUGCAACGGGUCGAAGGCCACAAGGGUGUGUGCUUCUGGGUAGACGUUCACGGUGAGACAAUGGUGACCGCAGGACAGGAUUGCACGGUAAAAGUGUAUCGACAUAUCAGAGAUGCUCCCAAGGCUAAUGGCGAGGUGAGCAAGGUGGAGAAAGAGCCAAAGCCUGAAGCACCCAAAGCACAGGAGGACGUGGUAAUGGAAGACGCAUAG